AUUUGGCAGCUGGUUCAGGGAUGGACUGGGUUGCAGGGAAUCGAAAGUUAAGCGGGGAGUGCGAAGUCAGACACGAAGCCUCGUCUUGUCUCUUCCUCCUCGGCUCGCUGUUUAUCAGGACCAGCGCGACCCUUCAUCCGCAGAGAGCUGUCCCGUCUUUACUCCCCCUUUUUGCUUGACACCACACGCUUUUCAACUUUGCUUGGGUUCAAUGAACUUCCUCCUUUCUUCAGUGACCGAGCGAUGGACCCUGCCAGACGGAAACGCAAGGAGGAGAUAAGCAAAUCUCUGAACUUUAUACAGUCUUCCCUGGCUUAUCCAGACCCUGAAGGCUACCAGGACUUCCUGACCCAGUUAGUGUGCAACCUGCUCGAGGAGGGCAAUGCUUUGUUCCGAGACAGAGAGUGGGAGCAGGCGGUGAGAGAGUUCAGUGAAGGCUUGAAUGUCUCCCACUACGCUACAGCAGAGGCUCUCCAGAUCCCAGAGGCUUUGCUGGAGAGCCUGUAUGUCAACCGGGCUGCUGCCUACCACAGUAUGGGCGAAUAUGAUCAAGGCGUGAAGGACUGCGACAGAGCUCUGAAAGUGUGUAAGGAAAGCCGCAAGGCCCUCUACAGGAAGGCACUUUGUUUGAAGGAGCUAGGGAAGUACAGGGAAGCCUACAACUGCACCACGGACUGUCUGCUCAUCAGUCGUCUGGACAAGCAGGUGAAUGAGCUUGCGCAGGAGCUGGCCAUCCAUCUGGGACUAAAAAAUCGAAAACCGUAUGUCAGCGCAAAGGUUAGUAAAAGUAUUAUUAAGGAUUUUCUCCGUCUUCAGCUCUGUCUUGGCGGUCUAUCUAUAUAUGGGUUGGAUCGGCAGUGCUGCACACCAGAUGAUCUGGCCUCCACAGUCACUGACCUAGAACAAUCGAGAGUGGUUUGGGAUGAGAUGGACCGCAGAGUGAAGGCCGAAAGGCCAACAAGUUACCCGACUAGUAGACAGUUUGGAAGACUCGUGAGCCUGAUGGCGACGGACUUAGACAGCCUGUCGACUCGCCUUCCUAGAAUGAGCAGCGAGCCAACUGAGACCCAAACUCAGGCAGCCUUCUCAGUCCCCAGCAAGAAAUCCACUUGCACACGCACAGUUCCUUCUAUCCUGCCCGCCCCAACACCCCAGCUACCCCCGGCCUUCUUCAGCUCGACUGUCAGCCAGCUCAACUCCCUGGACUUCUUUUCAGGUGGUGGGCACAGCACCACGACUGUGACACUGGAUGCCCUAGAUGACCUCUCGACCUCUGGAAUUGGAGUUGGCGCCCCAAACUUAGCACUGACCUCUGUUGCCUUGGAUGCUCUGGAUGGCCUUGAUUCCUUGGAUGACUUCUUGGAUGCGAAUCCAAGUGACGCUGCUGCUGAGAACAGGUCCAAAACAGAACUGGAAGCAGGGGAGAAGUCCCUUGAUGAUUUGUUAGAUGAACUAGAUCCCAUGGAGGCUGUCUCUGAUCCAGGUGGUCUGAGUGGUGAUGGUUCUAAACUUGGUGUGACAUCUGUGAACCAGCUUGACUCCCUUGAUGCCCUGGACCCGUUUCCCUCUGUGAAAGCUCCAGCUGCUUUUCCACCAAUCUCCUUUGGGGCAACAGGCCUGGGCUUGCGUCCUGAUUUCAGCUCAACUGGUAACACAUGCUCUCAAAGUACUGCAGCUCCAGUAGAGCGGCCUCCAAAGAAUAACAACAAAGAGAAGACUAACCAAGCACAGGUUGCGGUCUCUAAUCCCCUGUACUCCACCCAUGAGUUUCUGCAGGCCUGCUCCGCCUGUUUCCCUCGAACAGGUCAAGGGAUAUAUUCUUUUGUUCACAAGCCAGAUCUGGUCCACAGCUGCAAGCGAGACAUUCUGCUAUGUAGACGAAAGACAGGUCAUCCUUCUGAGUGGACCAGAGUGCGGAAGCUUCCAAACUGGACUUCCUUCACUGGGCCGUUUGUACUCUGCAAGGAGGUGCUGAAGUCCAAAGAUUUGGGCCUGUGUAAGUACGGAGAGAACUGCACGUUUGCCUACAACCAGCUGGAGAUUGACGUUUGGACAGAAGAGAAGAAGGGGAAGCUGGACAGAAACCUGCUGUUUGAAACAGAAGCUGUCAAACUGGACCCUGUAAACAGCAUCAUACGUCUUCUACAGGAACACAAGGGCAUGUUUAUUUUCCUCUGUCAGGAAUGCUAUGACAGUAAACCUAGAAUCAUCAGUAAGCGCUGCAAAGACAACCAUACCAUCUGCUCUAACUUGGACGCUCACCACACAUUCGAAGCCAAUAAGUGCUUAGCAUUUGUGGUGAGGACCCACAGUGUAAACUACAGUAAGGUCCGUCCGCUGGGUGUCCUGUGCAACUUGGAUUUGUGCCGCCAAGCCAUCCGGUACGGCUGCCUGAGAGAGGACAGCUGCCAUUUUGCUCACUCCCCCCUAGAGCUCAAAACUUGGAGAGUGCAGCGAGACACAGGUAUCAGCCCCAAAGAGAUUGUGAAAGUAUCCACAGACUAUUAUGAGAAGCAGGAGCAAAACUCAAGCAAACAGAAAGGAAAUAGACAGCUGUCUUCUGGAGGUGGUGGGAGCAAACUAAGAGGAGCUGGGAAGAGUCCGAACAUGAAGAUGAAGUUUGUCUGUGCUCAGUGCUGGUGGGGUGGCCUGAUCAGCGAACCUGACAAAGCCCUCAAGUACUGCACUGCCAAGGCCAGGCACGCGUGGACUAAAGACAGAUGGUUACUGCUGGUCAGGUCCUUGGAGAAAAGUAAAUGGGUUCAGGUCCGACCGCUGCCACAUGCCAAGAACUUCCCCAUGCAGUAUGAUAUAUGUACCCAGAUUUUGGCGAAAAGGAAAUGUAACUACACUGGGAAAUGCACCUUUGCUCAUAGCCAAGAGGAGAAGGAGAUGUGGAUGUAUAUGAAGAAUAAUGACUUGCGGGACAUGCAGCAGAUGUAUGACAUUUGGCUGACAUCAACUACCCAAAACCGCCAAGCAGAUGGAGCCAUGCUCACCCAACCCGUCCCAGAAGAGAAAUACAUUGUCAUGCCAACUGACUAUGCUGAACCAAUGAGUGGCUUCCACUGCCGCCUGUGUGGUAAGCACAGUAACGGUGAGCGACAGUGGCAACAGCACAUCUCCUCUGAGAAGCACAAGGACCGAGUGUUCAGCUGUGAGGGCGAGGACGAAGCUCUGACGUGGAAAUACCGUUUCCCUGGCAGAUACUUAGAACUCUGCUCCAAGUUGGAUGGCGGAUGUCCUGACGGUGUGAGCUGUGACUAUGCACACAGCCCAGAGGAGCUGCAGGAGUGGAUUGAGAGACGGGCUUUCCUGCGACACAAGCUGGCCAAAGCCAGGGACGACAUGCUCAUUAUGCCUGAUGAGUCUGACUUUGGGAAAUACAACUUUCUACUUCAGGACUUGUGAGCCAUUUUCGUAACUGCCAAACUAGCAUUUCAAAACCAAAAUCAGCAGGUGAUGUGAUUAAACUACCAGUGGGUAUAAAAUUGCCAGUAGAUCACUUGAAAUAUGAAGCAUGUGUAUUUGCAUUGUCAGACAUGCCAUAUACUCUUUUAGUUACUUUAAUUUGGUAUGUGGGACAUCUUCAGAGCUACUUGUAUUGCCUGUUCAGCUAAAACAUCAUUAAAAAAGUACUUAGUGCUGUGAAACUAAAGCCCAUGUUGGUGCCACCCAGAAAACACAGCAGAUACAAACACUCUUCAUCACAAAAUAUUCAUAAAGUGUUCAUAUUUAACCAUGUCCGCUGACCCAUGUGACAUUCACACAAAGUUUUGGUUGUUUUCUUCUUCUUUUUUUCCAUUCUUUAUGUCUGAUGUCCAAAGACUCAACUGUGCAUUAAAGUACCCCUCACCAACGAUUUCUCAAUGUCUCAACUUUGAACACAAAUAAUGUUCACAAAACACAAAUGUUCAUGUUCAGUUCUGAUUUGUCCUUUAGCAAAGACACAUGCGCACACAUGUGAUGGUUUGAAUUGACUUUGUGUAUUUUUAUUUGGAGCAUAUGUGUCUAAUUCUGGCUCAUAUUAUUUUCAUCAUCAGAGAAGGGUGUUGCCAUAUUGGCCAAAAUAUUCUUAUGAGACUUAUAGUUUUGUUCAUUGUUUAACUAAAUGAGAAGUAAACCUGGGAACUUCUAAAAAGUAGGUAAAUGAAAACUCUGCUGUUUUUGUUUGUUUAUGUUAAUGGUAAGAAUGUGUUUCUACAUUCGUGAAUGUAAGUGUUUAAUGUGCCAAAUGCUGUGUUUGGAAAACGAAAAGGCUCAAUAAAAACAGGUGAAAAACAAUAAA